CAAGGGAUAGCCUACCACUACUGCGGAUACCCGAGGUUCGGAGACGUCUAAAAGGCCUGCGUCACAGUUCAAGUCCUUUUUCACGCGCAUACCACGACGCCGCCAUUCAUGUCUCUCCGCACUUCCUUAAGACGCGCCACAACACCGCUGAGCUGGCACUCGCGGAUGACAUCCAGCACAAUGCCGCUGAAAGCCAAAAUUACACAGCCAGCCUGGGUCAAGGGCACCCGAUAUUACUCAACACCAACGGAGGAUCUUCUAAAGGAACAGCCCGGUGACGAGGCCGACGAUGUCAUUUUCACUAACACCUACGGUGUGCGGAGCAUUGAAUUGAACCGGCCUAAGAAGCUCAACUCGCUCAAUGGGUCCAUGGCACGGAAGAUAAUACCUCGACUACAAGAAUGGCAAAACUCGCAGCUCGCAAACGUCGUGGUUAUUAAAGGGAGCGGACGAGCCUUUUGCGCCGGUGGAGACGUCGCAGCCCUCGCCGAAUGGAACACACAGGGGAAAGAUGGUCAACAGAAGUCGACAGACUAUUUCGGCCUCGAAUACAAGCUCGACCAUCUGAUCGCGACCUACUCGAAACCGUACGUAGCGUUUAUGGAUGGAAUCACAAUGGGUGGAGGGGUGGGCUUGAGCGUGCAUGCUCCGUUUCGGAUAGCAACUGAGAACACCCUCUUCGCCAUGCCGGAGACGACAAUUGGCUUCUUCCCAGACGUUGGGGCCAGUUUCUUCCUGCCACGGAUGGACGGCGAGAUGGGGACAUACCUAGCUUUGACGAGCGAGCAGCUUAAGGGAGUCGACGUUUUCUACCACGGAGUUGCCACCCACUACAUCGACUCAGCCUCUCUCCCUGACCUAGAAGCACGUCUCGCCGAGCUCGUCUUCGCAGAUCAUCUCAGCCUUCAGGAACGCUACCGCAUCGUAGACGCAACUAUUGAGGAAUACUGCACCGGCCUGCCCACCGACCGUGCACAAAUAUCUGGUAAGCUCCGCGAAGCCGUGGAUCUGUGCUUCUCCGAUGACCACCAGAACAUCAAGGAGGUCUUCUCAGCCCUCGCAGCCGUCGAGAAAGCAAGUGAUCCGGUUCUGUCUAAUUGGGCAAAGAAGACGUCCGAGACGAUGCAUACGCGCUCUCCAACCUCAGUCCUCGUCACCCUGCAACAGAUGCGUGUAGGCCAGUCAUGGAACAUUGCUGAAGCAUUCCAAAACGAGUACAACAUUGCUGCAAAGUUCAUGGCACAUGACGACUUCGUCGAAGGUGUGACUGCACGGCUGAUACGCCGAAUCAAGGAGCGUCCACAAUGGAAACCGAAUACGUUCGACGAAGUCAGCGCGGAUGAAGUGUCUGACUUUUUCCGCCGAUCGGAAACCCUACCUCUCAUAAACCAUGGUGAAGGGUCAACUUACAAGGAGUACCCUCACGAGUGGCUGAGCUUGCCGAGAGAGAGGGAAGUGCGACAAGUUGUCACGAAGGGCGAGCUUAAGACCGCGGAUGAGAUUGUCAACCACUUCGUAGAGCAGCGGAAUGGGAAGCAGGGUGUGAGAGAAAAGGUCACGGAGAUACUGGAGAGAAUUAUGGCAGGAGAGGGACUCGUGCGGACAUCAUGAGGCACAAUCCGAGUUGUAGAUCUGGCAUAUAGAUGAUCUUAAUACAAGCGAUUGUAGCAUAUUGUGAAUAGAAGUCUACAUCUUACCACUGCUCC